UUGUCAGCAGUCAGUAUGCAGACAUUUGUUCUGGACGUACCUGCAGUGAGUGUAUUGCCCAAGACUACAGCUGUGCCUGGUGUAAACAAAAGAACUUUAGUUCUUCAAGAUGUCAGCAUGAGACACGCCUAGAGAAUGCAGGAUGUGACCCUCAGUUUAUUGAAAAAACCAUCACUACACAAUCAUUUAUUAAGAAUGAACCUGUGCGAGACAGUAACUCAACCAAUCGGGAUGCCAUCCAAAUUCAGCCACAAAAAGUUGCUCUCACUACCAGAAUUAGAGAGGACAGAGUUAUCCAAUUGGUCUUCAGGGCUGCCAAUAACUUCCCUGUUGAUUUGUAUUUUCUCUUUGACAACUCUCUCAGUAUGGAAAAGCAAAUUCAAACCCUGGGCACACUGGCAAACAAUAUUGGGCUGUCUAUUAGAAAUAUCUCCAGUAACUUCACCAUGGGAUAUGGGGUGUUUCAAGAUAAAGUCAUUCUUCCCUUCACAGACACAAGUCCGCUUAAGUUGCAGAAUCCCUGUGUUGGAACAAGCAGGGGUCAGUGCGCUCCUCCAUUUGAGUUCAAACAUUUGCUGACUAUGACUAAUGAUAUCAAGCUAUUUACAAAUGCAGUACAAAGCACUUCCUUAACUGGCAACUUGGAUCACCCUGAAGGUUCUACAGAUGCCAUAUUGCAAGCCGUUGCAUGCCAGCAAGAAAUUGGGUGGAGAAAUAAGAGCCGUAAAUUGUUGAUUUUUGCAUCAAAUGAUAGAUUUCAUUUAGCAGGUGAUGGCAGGCUAGCUGGCAUUGUCCUGCCAAAUGACGGCCAUUGUCACUUGGAUUCACAAAAGAGAUAUUCAAAAGAACUUGAGCAGGACUACCCAUCUGUGAGUCAGCUAUCCCACAUUGUGAACAAGAAUGAUGUACACAUCAUUUUUGCUGUCACUGAAGCUCAGGAAAAACUUUUUAAAAGUUUUUCUGAGAGAAUUCCUGACUCAAUAGUGGAGAUUUUACAUGAAUCUGGCGGGCCAACAAGCCAAAACAUCAAAGAUAUUAUUGAAAAAAAAUACAAGGAAAUGUUAUCAGAAGUAGAAAUCAUGCACACAUCAGUGGAAGGUAUUGAUGUCCAGGUUAGGGCAACAAGUCCUAAAUGUGAUCUGUCAGAGAAUCUUAACAAAUGUAAAGGCAUUAAAAUUGGCGAUGAGAUCACAUUUGAGGUACACAUCAAAGCUACGCAAUGUCCUAAAGUCAAAGGUCAAAAAAAAUUUAUUGAAUUUAACCCAAAGUCUUUGAAAAGUGACAAAAUGAUCCUGGAAAUUGACAUCAUUUGUGAUUGCCCAUGUGACUCUGAUAAUUCAACUUGGGAGUACAACAGUAAAGAUUGCAGUAAUGGAAAUGGCACUUUAAAAUGUGGCAUGUGUGAGUGCCACAAGGAUUACUUCGGUGCAUUUUGUGAGUGUGACCAGAAAGGGCUGAUCCUGGAAAACUCACCCUGCAUAAAACCAGGGGACAACUCCUCCCUCGAGUGCAGUGGACAAGGCAAGUGUGAGUGUAAGGUCUGCAAGUGUAAUGAUGACUACAGCGGGACUUACUGUGAUUGUUACGACAAGGGCUGUGAACUUUAUAACAAAGAAAUAUGUGGAGGACCCUCCCGUGGCAAAUGUGUCUGUGGUCAGUGUCUUUGUCAGCCAGAGUUCUCAGGAAGUAACUGUGGAUGUUCCAACUCAAACCAAACCUGUAUGCUCAACAAUAAAAUGUGCAGUGAUGCAGGAGACUGUGUCUGUGGUGGCUGUGAUUGCAAAAAAGGCUACACUGGACUUUUUUGUGAAAACUGUUUUUUGUGUGGGGACACAGUGUGUGACAACCAUUUGUACAGAGCCUGCGCUGAAUGUAACUUCAAACAAAACCAGUGCCCCUCUGGCUGUCCUGAUGUACAGCUCGUUGACUCCAUCAAAGAUUACGAAGGAUCUGUGUGCUCAGUCAAGCAAGAUGACGGAUGUUUUAUGGCAUUCCAUGUUCAGUCUUCAGAAAACAAUGUAACCAUUAUUUUACAAAAAACUACAACCUGUCCUGAGCCAGUGGAUAUUCUACCAAUAGCCAUUGGCGUGGUGGGUGGGGUUGUUGCCAUUGGCCUGCUCUUAUUGUUGCUCUGGAAAAUCCUGACUACCAUAUUUGAUAGGGUCGAGUAUUCCAAGUUUCAAGAGGAUCUCAAACAGUGCAAAUGGGCACAGCAAGACAAUCCUUUCUAUAAAGGAGCUACAACAACAUACAAGAACCCUAUGCUGGAUACAAGUCAACCUCUAUAAUAAAUGUUAUCCAGUUCUUCAUAUGCUGAAUCACUGUUAACUUAAUUCUUCAUAUGUGCUAUCUUUUAAUGAAGUUCUACAUGACCUAAUAAUGUACACUGAUCCUUUGUUAACCUAGUAAUAAUAUGUGUUGACAAGCUGUGGACCUAAUACUUCAUAUACUGACACUCUAUUGACCCAGUUCUUAUACUGCCUGAAGUAUGGAAACUCUUAGUUUUCAAAUCUCUAUUUACCCACUCUUCUGUCACUAAAAGGUUUCCAGAAAUUAAUUUUCUCAUUCUAUGAUUUACAAUUAGCUGACACACAAAAUGCCAUUUUAGAAAAUUCUUAAUCUUAACAGUUAAGCAAAACAGUGACAGCUAGGGGAUAGAUUAUGGUACUUUACUAUCAGCUGGUGGUAAAUUUUUGGUACUUUCAGUGACAACUAGUGAUAGAUUUUGACUUGCUGUAAUACUGAUGGGGAUGGUAACUAAAUAUCUAUUCUGGUGCUAUUUCUCUUUGUUAUUCUUUGCUCUUGUCAUACAGUUGCUAACACUUGAAGCUUUAUUGUAAAUCUUGAACAUUGAUAGCUAACUUAAUACACUUUGCUAACAUGUAUGUUAUGUUUGUUUUGUUGGGCUAACAUUUGUGUUGGGUUUGUUUGAUUGUGCUAACAUUUGUGAUGUGUUUGUUGUUAUGUCAACAUUUUUGAUGUGUUAUCAUUUAUGUUGUGUUUGUUUUGUUGAGUUGAAUGCCCUGCAUUGUUUGAUGUGUUAUCAUUUAUGGUGUGUUUGUUUUGUUGAGUUGAAUGCCCUGCAUUGUUUGAUGUAUUAUCAUUUGUAUUGUGUUUGUUUUGUUGAGUUGAAUGCCCUGCAUUGUUUGAUGUAUUAUCAUUUGUAUUGUGUUUGUUUUGUUGAGUUGAAUGCCCUGCAUUGUUUGAAUGAAGAUGAAGUCUUAUGACAAAUAUUACUAUGAGGAGACAAUCAGUUUUGUAUUUGGUGUUACAGUUGACUAUGAAGGCUGAUGACAUAAAUUAUACUAGUUUUUAUUUUGCUGUACAAUCUAAUGAGGACAAAAGAAAAAAUUAUUUAUCUGAUUGUUUUUAUGCAUUAUAUUUUUUUAAAUGACUAUAGCUUCAUAAUACUCAUAAUACUUAUUUUGUUUGGUGUGGAAAAAAUGUGUAGUUAAUCAGUUUGCUUAAAUUGUGAUCAACAUUGAAAUACUUUUUUUUUCUUAGCCUUUUUUAGUGUGUGUGUGAUGAAAUAAUAGUUGUCUUAUCAUUUAUUUUAGCAAUCUGUAUAUUCUUUGUGUAACCUAUAAUUAAGAUUUUAGUAUAAUACUUAUAUAAUAUAAAAUUUAAAGUACCCAUUGAAUUAAAGUUGAUCUCUUUUCUGACAUGUUUAAGUCAUGAAAUAAUUGUGAAAUACAAGCAUAAAAAGCCUGAUAAAAUUAGAAUAAAAAUUAUUAGUGAACCAAAAGAAACUGUCUUAUUUCAAAGAGUUUUUGUACAAAUUUUCAAAUACAUUUAAAUUUUACAUUUUUUUUUAAACUUGGUAGAUUUGGUAAAAUUAUAAAUAUUUGUCAACAAUGAACUUUUGAAAAACAUUGUUUCUUAUAAUAAAUUGAAUCAUGAAGUUAAAAGAUUAUUGUAAAAAGUUUUAAAUUGUUCAAAAUAAGCAGGAAAAUUUUCUGUAUUUGUUUUAUUAUCUACAGCCUUCAGCAUUACAUUAAAAAAAAACACUUUUUGAGUGCCAAAGUCUUUCUCCAAUCAUGGCCAAAGGUGGAGUGUCAAAAUCUUUUCUAUGGCCCCUAUAAAAUAUGUAAUAAAUGCACUUUAUAUGUGGCCUAAGGGAAUUUGUAACACAAAUUAAAAACAACCCAUGCAGGGAAUACCUGUGUCAUCUGAUUAAGUUAUAAAAAUGAUCUAGGGAUGGUUUUAUUCAAAGAAAGUACAAUAGUGUGCUUUGUUUUUUUAAAAACAUGGUUUACCUGCCUUUAGCUUCAUUGGCUAGUAGUCAGGAGAUUUUAAAAUUUUGUUUUAACAGUAAAUAGUGUAUUUAUUUUGUGCUAAUAAAGAGUAUUUUAC